CCCCCCGACUAGAAAACUGAAAACCUAAUCCCCUGCGGCCCUGCCCUAUGCCCCUACCUACUCAGCCGCCGGCCGCCGCCGCUACUCAUCUGAGCGGCUGAGACGUCGCCGGCGCCACCACAUCUUCUCCCCCGCCCGCCACCCCCGACGCCGUCGCUGGGGACUACGCCGCAUCUGCACGAAGGAAGGAGAGGAGAGGAUCAGAGGAGCAGGGAGACAAGGAUCGGCCGUCGCGGCGUCGCCCAUCCGUCGUUUCACCUCUCCAACUCAACGGCGACCGCCGGUCCACCUCAUCGACCUCGACAGCAUCUCGGGGGUGUCUUCUCCAGUUCGUCACCACGUCUUCCACGGGAGAAACGGAACAUUCAGUCAAUAUGGUUGAACCUGGUGGGCUUGGUGAUGAGUUUACUGAAGAGGAGAUGCAAGUUUAUGAGGAAGAAGAAAGAAAGAUUUAGGAGUGGGAAAAGAGAAAGAAGGAGAUGGAUGAACGGCCUACAAGAAGGCAGAUGAAAAAAAGAUCACCAAUGUGGGAUCACUUUUCUGAGGUACUAGUUGAUGGUCUUCGCAAGUUUGGAAAGUGCAAGUAUUGCAAUCGUGAUAUCAAGGCUGUUCCAGGGACUAACGGUACAUCUGCCUUAAAAAGUCAUUUUGGUACUUGCAAGUUUAAUCCUCAUAGUGAUAGGAAUAAGAAUCAAGGUACUUUGCAAAUAAUCCAAGGGGAAAGUCCUACAGUGCAUAAAUCUGAUCCUGAAGCACUAAGGAGAGCUAUUGCUAAGAUGAUUAUAGUAGAUGAGCUUCCCUUUGCAUUUACUAAAAAAACUGGUUUUAGAGAAGUGAUGUCAAUUGCAUGUCCACGAUUCAAUAUGCCUUCUAGAAGAACAUGCACUCGGGAUGUUGUCAAGCUUUAUUUUGAAGAGAGAGCAAAGCUAAAACUUUUUUUCAAAAAAUCAUGUCAAAGAACGUGUCUCACUACUGAUGGUUGGACUUCUCAAACACAAGAUUGUUAUAUGACAGUCACGGCACAUUUUAUUGACCCUCAAUGGAAUUUGCACAAGAAGAUCAUUAGUUUUUUCUUAGUAAAAGGUCAUAAGGGAGAUGAUAUUGGAAAGGCCUUAGAGCAAUGCUUGAUGGAGUGGGGAUAAACAAAGUUAUGACAAUAACUGUUGAUAAUGCUAGCGCGAAUGAUGGUGGUGUAGGUUAAAUAAGGAAGAAAAUGAUCAAAACUGGAAAUAGCAUAGCUGAAGGUAAAUAUUUGCAUAUGAGAUGUGCUGCCCAUAUUAUAAAUCUGAUUGUCACUGACGGUUUAAAGGAGUUGGAUGAAUCAGUUAAGCAUGUGCGAGCUGCGGUUAGAUAUAUAAGACAUGGGCCAUCUAGAAUUACAAGAUUUAAAGAGCUUGCUGCAUUAUAAAAGUUGGACAGCGAGGCAUUCUUGUUUUUGGAUGUAUGCACUAGAUGGAAUUCCACAUACCUAAUGUUAAAAACUACAAUCAACUUUGAGAAAGUGUUUGCAAGGUAUGAGGAAGAAGAUCCACUCUAUACAUUGGAUUUAAUGAGUGAGAAAGCUCCUGGUAUUCCUGUUGAUUGUGAUUGGGAGAAUGCUAGGAAAAUGGCUGAAUUUCUUGGACAUUUUUAUGAGCUAACUCUUAGUGUUUCCGCCACACUCCAUGUGACCGUGAAUCAAUUUGUCAUGGAUAUUGCUGAAGUUAAUGUUGUGUUGGAAGAGUGGGCUGAUAGUGAUGAUAUUUUGUGCAAAAUAAUGGCCAAGAAAAUGCAAGAAAAGUAUGAUAAGUAUUGGGGAUGUUGGCAUGAGGAGGUGGAGAAGGAGAAUGACGAGGGGAAGGGGAAAGGGAAAGGAAAGAAGAAGGAAGAGGAGAAUGUGAACAUGUUUGUAUUUGCUGCAGCUGUUCUUGAUCCUAGAUUCAAGCUAUCAAAUUUCACAAAACUAGCAAUUGAAGAAAUGUAUGGUGAGUUAAAUGGAGGCAAAGCUUGGGAAACGGCGAAAACAUUUGUGCAUGCUUUGUUUGAAGAGUACAAAGCUAAGUAUGCACCAAGUGAUGCAAGUAAGCAUGUGGGUGCUCCACAAUCUGAACCAACUCAAAAAAGGGAAGGAAGGAAAUUGGUGUCUCAGAUAAAUAAAAAGUUGAGAAUUGGUGAUGGUGGUGAAACUAGCAUGAGCAAAUCUGAAUUGGAGAAAUACUUGCAUGAAGAGAAUGAAGUUAAUAGGGAUGAUUUUGACACUCUAAAAUGGUGGAAGAACAAUGUUGCUAGAUUCCCAAUAUUGGCAAGAAUGGCCCGUGAUGUGUUAGUUGUUCCGGUAUCAAUGGUUGCAUCCGAGUCAGCAUUUAGCACAAGUGGACGCAUCCUAAAUGAGUUUAGAACCUCACUUACACCAUUCAUGGUCCAAGCUCUUGUUUGUACCCAAGAUUGGCUAAGGGGUGCUAUUACUAUCGACAUUGAAGAAGAUGAAGAGGAAUUGUUAAUCCUGGAAAAGGAAUUAAUUGAAGAGUUUGGUAGUACAAAUUCAUUUGCGUCGAAGGCAAGCAGUAGCAAGUCUGUUUGCAAGCCAUCUGGGGCUGGGUCAUCUUGCCCGCCUCCAUCCUCUACUUAAAUGUUGGGACCGACAUGUUGCUUGGUGGCUUGCUGAGAGUGGGAGUCCUACUGUUGGCCUGUUGGGUGCUGGGCUGGUUGCUGGCUUCUCUUGAAGACUCCAACUUAGGAACUGGAGCACAUCUGCAGUGCACUUUUUGGUGGCAUUUCAAAAUUUGGUUGUUUGCCUUGUUUUAAAGUGUAAUAAGUAGACUUUGAUUUUGAUUGGUUGUGUGCUGCACUUCAUUAUUGUGGAGAACUUAUCAGUUUGCCCUGUCUUGGAAUUUUUGUAGACGCACUUGUGAUA